CAAAAAACCCUGAGAGCUCACGGCGAAUGGUUUCCACUGGAAAUGCUUUCUGCCACAGUUGGCCUGGUUGAAAUAACACCAUACCAGAGCAGGACAAGACGAAACACAUGUGUGCUCUAAAAGCCAGCGAGGGGAGACAGUGUUGAAUGUAUAACCACACAGCCAGCAGCUCUCUGUCAAAGUCAAGUUUAUGACGGUGCCAAAGUCCACAGCUGGCUCAGGGGUUGUCAGAGGGCUGCUGCGCGGUGUCACUGCAGGCGCGGAGCCAUUAUCAGCAGCCUCCACCUCACAGCGCGCACCGGGACGAUCACGCGUGUUUGGAUCUUAGACCCCGCAGCAGACACACGGUGAACAUGCUCCGGAGAUCUCUGCGAGUGAUCCGUCCGCAGCACAGCGGGAUCCAGACGCUGAAUUAUGGGGACACCCGUCGCCGCGACGCGUCCUCCUUCUCCUCCACCACCACCACAGCGGCUGACAACGUCAAACUGAAAACUAUGGACGAUUUAGGCGGACCGGGUUUAAUGGCCUCCUUAAACUGGCUCUUCAUUAAGGGGUAUUUCAAGACGACGCAACAGCUGCAAAUCGAGCAGAGCAAGGUCUACGGCCCUCUGUGGAAGACGAAGUACGGCCCUCUGGUCGUGGUGAACGUGGCCAAUGCCGACCUGAUAGAGCAGGUGCUGAGGCAGGAGGGGAGACACCCGGUCCGGACAGACAUGCCCCACUGGAGGACCUACAGAGAGCUCAGGAACCAGGCCCAUGGACCCCUGACAGAAAUGGGGGCCAAGUGGCAGCGCAUCCGCAGCAUCCUGAAUCCUCAGAUGCUGAAGCCCAAGCACGUCUCCUCGUACGCCAACAUCAUUAACGAGGUGGUGACAGACUUCAUCAAAAGGGUGAACUGGCUGAAGGAGACCAGCGGCGGGGGAGUUAUGGUGAAUGACGUGGCUGGGGAACUCUACAAAUUUGCUUUUGAAGGCAUCUGUUCAGUGUUGUUUGAGAGCCGCAUGGGCUGCAUGAACGAAGUGGUGCCAGAGGAAACCGAGAAGUUCAUCUUCUCCGUGGGGGAAAUGUUCAGGCUCUCCCCAAUCAUCAUCCUAUUCCCCAAGUCCACCUGGCCCUACCUGCCUUUCUGGAAACAGUUUGUGGCAGCCUGGGAUCAUCUCUUCAAAGUUGCUGAUGAGUUGGUGCAGAAAAAAAUGGAGGCGAUCCAGGAGGAGGUGCGCCUGCAAAAGAGCGUGGAGGGAGCGUACCUCACACACCUGCUGGUCAGCGAUCAGAUGACGGUCACUGAGAUCCUGGGCAGCAUUACCGAGCUCCUGCUGGCAGGAGUGGACACGACCUCCAAUACUGUCUCAUGGUCUCUGUACCUCUUGGCGAAGGAUCCAGAGAUCCAAGAAAAGUUAUACCAGGAAGUGAUCAGUGUUUGCCCUGGAGACAAGGUGCCGAACAGUGAUGACAUUGCUCGGAUGCCGUACCUGAAGGCCAUCAUCAGAGAGACACUACGGUUGUAUCCGGUGGUGCCGGGAAAUGCUCGUGUCACCGUCGAAAAUGAGAUUCAGGUGGGAGAUUACAUCUUCCCCAAAAAGACGCUGUUCCACCUGUGCCACUACAGUGUGUCCUAUGAUGAGAAUAUUUUCCCUGACCCCCACACCUUCAUGCCGGAGCGCUGGCUGCGAGGAGCAGACAGGUCCAAGCAGCACCCGUUCGGCUCGGUGCCUUUCGGUUUUGGAAUCCGGGCUUGUCUGGGCAGACGCGUGGCGGAGCUGGAGAUGUACCUCCUCCUGUCAAGGUUGAUAAAAUGCUUCGAGGUGAGGCCGGAUCCCGCUGGAACCACAGUCACGCCGAUCACCAGGACCCUGCUUUGCCCUGCUGAGCCAAUCAACCUGCAGUUUCUGGACAGAAGAGUCGAGCAGGAGGAGCCGAGAGCGGCGGCAGGAGCUUCUCUGUGAGCUGUGGCACAAAAUGCAAGCUUGAUUAAACAUGUGGAAGGUUGCACAGCGGGCAGUGUAACGGUGAACAGUUACAAAGAAAGCUUUCCUCACUUAGUCUCUUUUCCACAAAUGCCGUGUGGUUUUUCAGUUGCUUCAGAGCAGAAAGCGUCCUGAGUCCACACGCGAGGACAGCAGGGCUGACUUCACUGUGUGGAGUUUGCAUCUUCUCCUCAUGUGUGCUACGCUAAAUAUUUUUAUUGUCAAGAAAUGCCUUAAAAAGGCCCAAACCAACGAUGUGUCUGCUUUUCAGAUUUCUCCGUUCUGUCUCUGGCACUCGGCCCCAAACCCAUCAGCUCCUACUGAAAACAGAAAUCUUUCGAAACGGAUCCAAAAAAAUCUUGUUUUGUUUUCUUUAGCUGUUUAGCAAUCAGCUUGUCACCGUUUUUAUCAAACAUUAGUCAAACAGGAGGAAUUAGUGCACUUGCUGGAGACUUUAGGUGCGCAGCAGGAUUCUGUAUGUCGGUCUGAGUCAAAAUGAACCACUAUGUGAGUUCACUGUAAUGAAGGAAGUGUUCACCCACUGCGACAGUGUAGCUCAGUGGUUUUAUUUGGUUUUGGGCAACACCAGAACUUUAAACACAGAGGAGCAAGAUAAACCAGGCUUUGUGCACACAGACAACUCAUUACUGGGAUCAGUAUGUUCAUCAUGAGUUUGUUUAAGAAAAGAGGAUGAUUGAAUAUAGAUAUUUUUAUCUUUAAAAAACCACUGAUCAAGCUGCCCAUUUAAGUUGGUAAGCUGGUUUCCUUUCAAGUAAUACUAAUAUCUACACUGUGUCCAUUGAACGUCUGCAGACCUCGGGUGUCCAGUCAAACUAAUUCUUAAAUUCUUUAUUCUUUAUUCAGGUUUACUGCCAUAUUUUAAGUGACUGCUUCUUGUACAUGAAGAAAUGUAUUUUUAGCUUUUAACAGGGUUCACAAUUGGGAUUUAUUUUUAUAAUUAAAACUACAAUUAAAAAUAUGUACAGCCCAAUAUUUCAUGGAAUGUCUCAGUGGCCCUCUCAAGAGGUUUAGGACUUCUUUCAUCAGGACGAGUAACAUAUGACUUUGAAUCUCCACCAUAAUGCUCUCUCUCUCAUGAUUUUGUCUAAUAAAAGCAGAAAUAUCACAAAUGUCUCAAUGUCUGUAUUGUUCUAGGUGUUACUUCCUUAUUGAGACCAAAGCUGUAUCCCAAUUCCAUUCAAGUUACAAAUUCUGAGCAGGAUUUGACUAAAUAAUGUGUUCACACUGGAAAAGUGACAAAAGUCUGUAAGCAAACUGAGAAACUUCUCAUUUUUGAGUGUACUGUUGAUGCACAAAGGAAUCGAGGAACCAAGGCGCUUCUCAAGCUGCAAAAAAUGCAAAUCAGUGAUGGUGGUGAAAUAGAAAUAAAACGUUUUUGGAAACAAAAAAGGUUAUAAAUCUUUUGGAGAACAGUGUGCUUUCUCUUUAUGAACUAUAAUUGGUGGCAGCAUUGUAGAGUCACAGAUUGAU